GGGGGAGGUUUAAGCCGGUUGUGGUUUCUUUUCAAAGGGUUUUAUGUCUCUCUUGUUCGUUGGUGUGAGAGAAGGUGACGACGAGUUAUAAAAAACAAAAACAAAAACAAAAAAAACAGAGGAUUGAUCGCGAGAAUCAUUCGUCUUAAAAAGUUUUCGACUUUCGAUUUCAUUAGUUUGCGUGAUCUAUAAUCAACUGGAGAAGAGAUUGGUGAUCCGGGGUUUAGCUGCCUGAUUUGCUUUGUGUGUUGGUGUAUAUGCAUAAUAAUAACUGAGAGAGAUGGUGGUCAAGAGGAGUUUAAAUUGUGGCUUUGAUUUCUCCAAUAUUCCCAAGGCUCCUCGUUCAAUCAGGAGGAAGGUAUCAUCAUCAAGUCAAAGAGAUGAUGUUGACUGUGGGAUCAGUGCAAUUGAUUUGCUCGCUUCUGUGGCUGAGAAGUUGCUGGAAGAAAGCGAAAGCUCCUCAAACUCUACCAAUAAUGCUUUCGAAGGGUACUAUAGUCAGGAUCAUUUGGUUGGGAAGAAGAUCAAGCAAGAACAUGUCUAUAACCAUAAGCCUUGUAAAUCCGUCUUCUCUCACCAAGCAGCAAACCUUGCCUCGUCAAAGUCCCCUAGUGAGAACACUAGCAACGUUUCUGAUUGUAAGAUAGCUCGUGGUUUGAUAAACCCCCUUGUAGGGUGUGGAAACGGGAAAGAGGGUUGUGAAUUUCAUGUUGAAUCAGUAGGGGGCAUCACUGAGGAGGAGACUUGUGUUGUUAAUAAUAAUGUAGAUGCUGGUGGCUUAAUCGCUGAUACUUUCAGCUUAAAGGAUCCAAGUCAGUUGUUACCUGUGGAGCCAGUCCACCUGGAUGGCCAUGUACAGUUGCCAGCAGGCACUGACGACGGUGUCGCCAAUGGAUAUAGGAAUGGUUCUAAGUUAGUUUGUAGAGAUGAUGACGAAGACUACUGUAAGUACUAUAAGUUCAGUGACAAGUGUAAUAAGUCGUAUAGGCCUCGUUUGACAUGGGCUGGACACCGGAGAAUCAACAAGUCAUACGGGAGAACAGUUCCCUCCAGGUCCAAGUGUUUUCAAGACACCAAAACAGAUAAGAAGAGAAGAGUGUCUGACAAAGGGUUGGUUGUAAAUUCUGAUGGAGGACUCAGUAGUGAAAGUGUUACCAAGGGAGAAUCAGAAAAUGGUGUUCUCUCUGCAGCAAUAGGUGUACAUUCAGAGGAGUCACGUGUAAAGUUCAGCAUCAAGUCCCUUAGGAUUCCUGAACUUUUUAUAGAAGUUCCAGAAACAGCAACAGUAGGUUCACUGAAGAGGACGGUGAUGGAGGCUGUUACUGCUUUACUCGAUGAUGGAAUGAGUAUAGGGUUGUUACUACAAGGGAAGAAGAUCAGAGAUGACAACAAGACUCUAUCACAGACGGGUCUUUCGUGUAGAGACAAUCUAGGAAACCUAGGCUUCACCUUGGAGCCUGCUCCGGAUAAACUGGGUGUACCUCUUUGCUUUGAAAAUCCUGUCAUGUCUAACCCAACUGAUUCCACUAAGUUGUCAGAAAGGUCUGGAGCAAUUUGUGUGGAGAAUAACCAGGAGUUACUUCCAUAUGAGAGUGACAUAGCAGCUGAUGAGAAGCAGCAACCUUUAUCAGAUUCAAGAGCGCUGGUUCCAGUCUCAGCCUUGGAACCUGAAGCUCUUGCAAUUGUCCCAUAUAAGGAGAAACCAAAGCGUACCGAGAAUUCACAGCGCAGAAUCAGGAGACCAUUCUCUGUUACAGAGGUUGAAGCUCUAGUACAUGCAAUUGAGGAAAUUGGGACUGGAAGAUGGCGUGAUGUGAAACUGAGUUCUUUUGAUGAUGCAAGUCAUCGAACCUACGUGGACCUGAAGGACAAAUGGAAAACCUUGGUUCACACGGCAAGUAUAUCACCGCAGCAACGAAGAGGAGAGCCAGUCCCUCAAGAACUGCUAGACAGAGUCUUGGCAGCACAUAGGUAUUGGUCACAGCACCCAUUGAAACAGAACGGGAAAAAUCAAGCGGCUGCAACGAUGGUGAUUGAGUCAGGUCCGUCCAUGUAAAGAAGGAGAAGAGUAAUAACAUAUAACUUUCACUUGAAGACAAAGGAAGCAACGUGGGGCAACUGUACAAAGGGCAAAACAACAGAUUCAUAACCUUUUUAUUUUUCAUUUUUUUUUCAACUUGAGACUUUUAAUCAUAGCUGGCAGAAACAAUACAUCUGUUCAUUUCAGUUUCUAAUUGAUUUGAAUCUCUCUUUUUGUUUUUGAACAAAUUGAUUUGAAUCUCUAAUAUGGUAUAUUGGUUAUAGGUCCUUGAAGACAUUCUUUUAUUUUUUUUGUUA